AUGGUUACUUCUACCGACGUAAACAUCGAGUUAGAACCAUACCAAUCGGUCCUAAAAAGAAAAUACAUUCCCUACCUGCUGUUCCUAUUUCAUAUAUUUGCAUUUGUGAGUGUCAUUUUUUUAUUCGACCGUAUAUGUGAACAUAGGAAUAAAAGAAGUGUGAAGUUUGAUCUUCUCCUAUGCCUAAUAACAUCAAUCAGUGUGGGGAUGGCUUUAUAUGUUCUCUUGCUUUAUUUUAAUGUGUGCUUAUAA